GAGGGGCGGCCACGGCUGGAGUAUAAGUUAUGCCGCUCCCUCGUUGACAACUCAGCUUCUUUUCCAGAACACUUACUCAUCUCGACGCUGGCCGCCUUUAUCGACCUGUCAACCACGCGUGUGCACGAUGCGUGGAAUCUUGAACCUCACUCUCUGCGCUCUCGCACUCAUCCUCCUCGCAAGUACUGGUGCCGAAGCCGCCAAGAGCUCUAGCACCGCAUGCAAAAGGUCAAUCAUCACCAAAUUUGUCAGCUAUAUCAAGUCGCUGAAGAGUAGUAGCAAGGGCGUCAUCAACACCUCCUCGGCUGGACCGAUUUAUGGUAUCACCACUUCUUCUGGAAAGGAGUAUCUCGGCAUCCCCUAUGCGCAACCUCCAGUCGAUGACUUGAGGUUUGCGGAUCCGGUUGCCUUUCCGAAGUUUACGGCUGUUUUUAAUGCUUCAGCGUACGGGGCUUCGUGUCCUCAGUACUCCGGCCGUGAGACUUCUGAGGAUUGUUUGACGUUGAAUGUCUUUACGCCUUCCAGCACCUCCUCGAACUCGAAGCUUCCCGUCAUGGUCUGGAUCCACGGUGGUUCCUUCCUCGUCGGCGGUUCUUCCGACGCUGCGUUCGACGGUUCCAACCUUGCCUCCGAAGGCGUCAUCGUCGUCACCCUCAACUACCGUCUCGGUCUCCUCGGUUACUUCGACGGUCUCGGCACCAACGGUAACAUGGGUACCCUCGACGCCCAGAUGGCUCUCAAGUGGGUUCAGAACAACAUCGCUGCUUUCGGUGGUAACGCCGACAAGGUCACUGUCUUUGGACAGUCCUCUGGUGGUCACAUGAUCCGUGCGCUCAUGUCCUCUCCAGCCUCCGAGGGUUUGUUUGACCGUGCGAUCAUCCAGUCUGACCCCCAGAAUUACGGUCUCCAGUCGCGCAAUGUCUCUGCUGACAUCAUUGGUGCCAUUGCUUCUUCGUACAUUGAUUGCUCUGACAUUGCCUGCAUGCGCAAUGCCAGCAUCGACGACAUCUUGAACGCACAGGCUGCUAUUCAGCAGCAGGCUCCUUACCUUGUUGCUGCGUCUACUGGUGUCGCUCUCGCUGAGCCCAUCUCCCCUGCAAUUGACGGGUCUGUCAUCAUCGGUGACUUCUCUGCUUUGGCUGCUGCCGGCAACCUCCCCGUCAAUGUCGACAUGAUCAUGGGUACCGUUCACGACGAGGCCAACCCUACCAUCGAGGCCCAGCUUCCUUACCCCGGUGUCUCCUCUGACUAUUUCGCUCAGGUCGCUGUUGCUGUCAUGGGUCAGGACCGUGCUAUCCAGGUUCUCUAUUCUGGUCUUUACACCCCUGAUGACUCCUCCGAUGGUGUUCGUGAGGCCUUGGCUAAGCUCGGUACUGAGUUCAUCUGGACGUGUCCCACUCAGGCCAACGCCGUCACUCUUUCCUCUGGCAGGAACGUGUACCUCUACGAGUUCGAGAAGGGUAUCACUUACACUCCUGACAACGGUGGUCUCUCUCUUUGCACCAGCUCUGAGGUCUGUCACGAGGAUGACCUCUACCUCACCUUCGGAACCUAUACUUCUGUUACCUCCUCCCAGAAGAAGCUUUCUGCUGAGGUUAUGGACCGUUGGGUUGCUUUCGCCAAGACCGGUAGCCCUAACGCUGUUGGUUAUAAGACUUGGUCCCCGGUGAAGAGCGCGAACAAGCUUAACGCUUACCUGUUGGGUGAUGCGAAGGUUAACCAGACCCUUCGUCCCACUGACUGCUCUUUCUUGCAGAGUGUUGGUUUCGAUUACUCUAUUUUCGGUUGAGCUGAGUAAAGUUUUUAGCUACAAUAAAACGAGCGGAAACAUCCGUCGUACCGCAAUCUCUCGUCUCUUUUUCGCAGGCUUCUUUAAGAACUCCCACACCGCUAUCCUACCGAUGGGCAUCCGACAAUAUGCGAUGCUAUAUACAACAACGUAUGUUAUUGGCGAUCACCUAAUGACCUUCCCCUCUUUUGCCGAACGUCUGUAUGAAAUAGCGGAGUACUUUGCCGUGAAUCCUGAGCCCAGCUUGAGCCCCAUGCAUGUCAUGAAACACCGGGGUACCU